AAAGUUGUUACCUGUCAUAUAAAGUUAAAUGAGUCACAAUCGAUCGAAACUCAAACAUAUACUUCCCGUAUGACGUUGUAAAAAGCCUAUUAUUCUUCUCUAAUGGAUGUGCAAUAAACAGCUAGGUUCAUCUAUAAAAUGACUGAUCCUGACGAUGCACAUAUCUACGAAUGUGUGUCACAUAAGAAAAUGACGAAGAAAGAAAAGAAAGAAAAGAAGAAACACGACGAAUCUCUUAUCCGAGAGUUAAGACAACGAUGUGAUGAAUUGAAAGUUCAGAAUAGUUUAAAGCAAGACAUCCUUGAACAAACAGACAAGAAAAAUUCCAAAUUGUUCGACGAAAAUAAGAAAUUGAAAUAUGAUAUUAAGAUAUUAGAACUAGGCAAAGAUAAAGUCAUGGCAAGAAUAAAAGAAUUGGGUGGUCAGCAAAACCCAGAUAAAAGACACAUCUCAUUGAACGACAGGAGUGAUUUGAUUGGUCAGAAAUGGGAUUAUCUUUAUCAACACGAAUGGACUGCGGCUUAUGAAGAACUGUGUAGUAAGGACAAGAAAGGAAAAUGUCAUAAAGGACCAGAAAGACAUCUGAUGGAAAUAAUUGAGUGGUGUUACCAUAGAUGUUCAGAACUUGCCAGAGAUCAGACAGAGAAAAUACAACCAUUGUUGUCGGACAUCACUCAUCAUCUGUAUUUUCAACCAUCUUCAAAUAACAAAAUCAAAGAUACUAAGGAAUGCGUGUCCAGUACCUUUGAAAACCUGGUCCGUCAUAUACGACGCUUUCAGUAUGACACAGACAUAGUUGAAAACAUAAAACAGAAAUGCACAGACGAAUACAAGUUACUACACAAAGAAGUUUUGAAAACAGAAUUAAAGUUUGUUACAAAUUGCUGUGAGCUCUGCUGGCUGAUGAGAUUGUCCGAUCCUCCACUGGUUAUAGAAUAUAAGAAUUUGGAAGGAACCCCAUUUGAUGCAUCAAAAUUUACCAAAUAUAAUAUGGUUGGCAAUAAAGUCGAUCUAGUAGUAUGGCCUGCGUUACUCGUUCACGAUAAAGGACCUUAUGUGAAAAAAGGCAUUGUCAGAACGUAUUCUGAAGUGGAAGAUAGUAUUUAUGACUUUCCCCUUAAAAUUCCAGCUGUUUUGAUCAACGGAAAAACUCAAAUUUUCAAAAACUCUGAUCACACAGAAGUACCUUCGAUUGACGUGGAAAACAUACAUUCUACGAAGCCAUAUCCAGCAUCAAAAAGAAAGGACUACAUGACAAUGAAAAAUCCAGAAUGGCUAAGCUCAAGUGAUCCCUUUUCUAGAGAAGAAACAUCGACACCUAGCUGGAUACAUGUGAAUCAAAGAAAAAACCCAUUCGAUACACAUGAUAGGCCAAAUACACACCUACCUGACGAACCAAAAAAAGACUUAUUUUCCAAUCUCUCUAGAAGUGUAGAAUAUAACGGGUCAGUUGAUGAGAAUUUUAAUCUUCGAACAAAGUAUCCAAAUAAAAAACAUAAGCUGAAACCUCCAAAGGAUGGACAUUUUGUUUCUUAUCUGAAUACAUUGUGACGUCUCGGUCAGUUCGUUUCCACCAUUUUGAUGUUCAAUUAGAAUGCAUUUGUUUGCUUAUGUAUCUAGUACAUUAGAUGUAACUGCUUAACGAUACUUAGACUAAAUUUUUAAUCGUUAUUCAUUUAUUAUUUUAAAGUGCAAUAAAUGACCCCAUUCCUCACCACUAGAAUAUGAACCUUUAAAUAAACUCAGUUUAUAUGGACGAGAUAUAAAAACGAUUGUGUCUUUUAUCUGGUCUUUAAAUAUUUCUGACAUUAAGAUAUUUACAAAACAGAAACAGUGUCAUUAUCUAAAGUAAAAAGAACAAAAUGCAUA